AUGCGAUUGUUUCUGUGCAAGAAUUGGUUUACGUCACCUGUAAUCUCGCCGCUACUGUAUACCCGCUUCCUACAUUCAAUGGCUAACGCUACUAGUUUCCCCAUUGCUCCUCAGAGCCCGCCCAAUUGGUCGUUCACUCCCAACGAUAUUAGCGGGAAAACCAAGGAAAUCAUCAACAACAGUAACAGUUUCUAUGACUCCAUGAGUCAGGUGGAGAGUCCUUCUGUGAACAAUUUCAUCGAACCUUUUAUGAAGUUUGAAAAUGAAUUGGGCCCAAUCAUUAACCAGUUAACUUUUAUGCAGCAUGUGUCGUCUGAUAAAGAGAUUAGGGACGCAUCUGUAAACUCUUCAAUGAAACUGGAUGAGUUGAACAUCGAUCUGUCGCUGCGUUACGACAUCUUUUUACAAUUCGCGCGGGUCUGGCAGGAUGUUCAAUCGAAAGGUGAUUCUAUGGAAAGAGAAACUUUUAAAUACAUUGAGAAAUCUUACAAGGACUACAUUCAUUCUGGUUUGGAACUUGACGAGCCCAACAGGUUGAAAAUCAAAGAGAUCAAAAAGAAGAUAUCCGUCAACUCCAUCAACUUUUCCAAGAAUCUAGGAGAACAAAAGGAAUAUAUCACUUUCACCAAAGAACAACUGGAAGGUGUGCCCGACUCUAUCUUGGCGCAGUUCGAAACAAUCAAUUCUGACAAAGAUAACAAUGAAACCUUGUAUAAAGUUACCUUCAAAUAUCCGGACAUUUUUCCCGUGAUGAAAUUGGCAUCCUCAGCGCAGACCAGAAAGCAAGCAUUCUUGGCCGACCAAAAUAAGGUCCCUGAAAAUGAAGCUAUACUGCUGGAUACAUUGAAGCUGCGUGACGAAUUGGCUUCAUUGUUGGGCUACGACACGUAUGCCAACUAUAACCUGUACGAUAAAAUGGCUAAAGACAGCACUACGGUGAUGGACUUUUUGAAUGAUUUGAAGGACAAACUUAUUCCGUUGGGCAAAAAGGAACUGGAUUUCUUGCAAGAUAUGAAAGCUAAGGAUGUCAAAAAGCUUAAUCGGGGUGAAGAUCCAAACUAUUACAUUUGGGACCAUCGUUACUACGAUAACAAAUACCUGCUAGAAAACUUUAAUGUGGACCUAGAGAAAAUUUCUGAAUUUUUCCCACUAGAGGCUACAAUUACCGGUAUGUUACAAAUCUACGAAACAUUGUUUAAUUUGAAGUUUAUCGAGACGAAAGACCCUGAAAAUAAAUCUGUUUGGCAUGAUGAUGUCAAACAGCUCGCCGUCUGGAAUAUGGAUGACCCGAAGUCUCCAAGCUUUGUUGGCUGGAUAUAUUUCGAUUUACAUCCUCGUGAUGGUAAAUAUGGUCACGCAGCUAAUUUCGGUUUAUCCUCAUCAUUCAUGAUCGAUAACUCCAAAAAAUCGUACCCGGUCACUGCAUUGGUCUGUAAUUUCUCCAAAUCCACGAAGGAUAAACCUUCUUUGUUAAAGCAUAACGAAAUAGUAACAUUUUUCCAUGAAUUGGGCCAUGGCAUCCAUGACCUGGUGGGCCAAAAUAAGGAAUCAAGGUUUAACGGCCCCGGGUCUGUUCCAUGGGAUUUUGUGGAGGCACCUUCUCAAAUGUUAGAAUUUUGGACCUGGAAUAAGAAUGAAUUAAUCAAUCUCUCAUCACAUUAUAAAACAGGUGAAAAAAUCCCAGAAUCUUUGAUCGAUUCAUUGAUCAAAACUAAGCAUGUCAACGGUGCUUUAUUCACUCUAAGACAAUUACAUUUUGGAUUAUUUGAUAUGAAAGUGCAUACUUGUAAAGACUUACAAAACCUAUCAAUUUGCGAUACCUGGAAUCAAUUGAGACAAGAUAUUUCUUUGAUUUCUAAUGGCGGCACAUUAUCCAAGGGUUACGAUUCCUUCGGUCAUAUUAUGUCAGACUCUUACUCUGCCGGCUAUUACGGUUAUCUAUGGGCAGAAGUCUUUGCAACUGAUAUGUAUCACACCAAAUUCGCUAAGGAUCCCCUAAAUACCAAGAAUGGUAUACAAUACCGUGAUAUCGUGUUGGCGCGUGGUGGUCUUUAUGAUAUUAAUGAUAAUCUGAAAGAAUUUCUGGGCAGAGAACCUUCUAAGGAUGCCUUCUUGAAGGAGCUAGGCCUACAAAAUUAA